AUGGCCGUAUUUCCCAUCCAGACGCACGACCAGAAGGCGGUGCUCGGCGCAGCUCUCAGCUUCUCUAUUCUCGCAACCCUCGCCGUCUCUCUGCGACUCACUGCUCAUGCCAUCGCGCACAAGAAAUGGACGAUUAGCGACUAUCUGAUCAUCCUUGCAUGUGUAUUCGCCGUCGGCCUACAAUCAAUUAGCAUUACAGGCGUCUUUCAAGCUGGCAUCGGCUACGGUCAUGUUACAGAAAUUGCCCUUAGAUACGGCCUGGAGCCCAUCACCAAAUUGUCUCAGCUCAUCAUCCCUUUGCAAUUUCUCUGGGUCCUGAGUCUCAGUUGCACCAAACUAUCGAUCUUGUGCCUUUACCUCAAGAUUUUCCCGAUCCGAUGGCUUGCCUGGGGCUCAUAUGCCACUAUGUCCGUAAUCAUUGCUUGGACAAUUGCAACUAUCCUCGCUGGCUGUUUGAUAUGCCGUCCUUUUGCAUAUAAUUGGGACAAGACAAUUGUUGGAGGGAGCUGCGGCGAUCAAGUUACCUCCUUUACUGUCACUGGGAUCAUCAACUUGAUCACUGACUCCAUGGUGCUUCUGCUACCCAUGUACCCGUUGUCCCAAUUGCAAAUGGCAACAUAUAAGAAGGUCACCCUUAUCACCGUAUUUGGGUUGGGCGUUGUGUACAUUCCCCCAAUUUCAACGCAUGUAUGGUUCGUCUUUCUGACAAACAUGGCUAGGACUUGCGUCAUCAGCGCGCUCCGUAUCUCUGUCCUCUCUUCUAUGGACUUCGCAGAUAUAAGCUAUACGCUUCCCCAAGCCAACAUCUUCAGCGGUGUCGAACCCUGUCUCGCCGUGGUCCUCGCCUCCAUACCCAUGAUGCGCCCGCUGCUCGGUCGGUCUGCAGCCACACCUUACGGUUCAGGCAAAACACCUGUUAACAGUGGUUCUAAACCCACUGGAUCAAAGGGAGCGGGUGAAGAUGGAUUCGAGAGAUUAGAUGAUGACACCAAUCGUCUCUGGCUUCGACCAAUGGGGCUACAACAUCGUGCUGAUGCCUCGGCUUUGCGGGAAACCAUGCAUGGAGAUGGCAGCGAUAGUCAAGAGUCGCUAGAUCGGCACGGCAGGCAAGGGACACACAGCCCGGGUGGGAUUAGGGUGAAGCAGUCCUUCAACGUUACCGAACGGGCCGCCACUUGA